AUGUGUGAAUACUCCAUGUAUGGAAGAAAAAACUGCUGGAAGGGACAGCAGGUCCGAGUAGUGGUUGAUGACUCCAAGCCAAAACCAACAACCAAGAAGAACAAGCCCAUACAGGCUGACUUAGAUAUUUCUAAGGAAUUUAGUAGGUGUAAGGAUGAUGGUGCUCUACGAUUGGAUCUUAGCAAUUCCAGUAUCACACAGUUACCUUCGUCUGUCCACAAUCUUACUCAUCUCGUGGAAUUUUACUUGUAUAGCAACAAAUUGGUGACACUACCACCUGAAAUUGGCUCUCUGGUAAAUCUCGAAACCUUGGGAUUAUCAGAAAAUUCCUUAACGUCGUUGCCGGAUACAUUGGCCAAUCUGGAAAAAUUGCGAGUUCUUGAUCUUCGCCAUAACAAGCUCAAUGAAAUUCCUGAAGUAGUUUACAAAUUAACUUCCCUCACUAUACUUUUUCUCAGGUUCAAUAGAAUCAGGGUUGUUGGUGAAGACAUCAAGAACCUAACAAACUUGAUAAACUUGUCUUUAAGGGAGAAUAAGAUACGGCAACUCCCCCCCGGUAUUGGUGAGUUGAAAGGCCUAGUGACGUUAGAUGUUGCUAACAAUCAUCUUGAACAUUUAUCAGAGGAGAUUGGCAAUUGCAUCUGCUUGCAAACUCUUCAUUUACAGCACAAUGAAUUGCUGGAUUUGCCCCACACUAUUGGAAACCUAAAAAAUCUCAUCUGCUUAGGACUCAGGUAUAACAGGUUGACGUCAGUCCCACGAUCAUUAAGUAAGUGCAUCCACCUAGAUGAGUUCAAUGUAGAAGGUAAUCAGAUCUCCCAGUUACCAGAAGGACUGCUUAGCUCGCUCUCCAACCUUUCUUCUCUCACUCUGUCCCGAAAUUCAUUCACUUCCUACCCAGUUGGAGGCCCAUCACAGUUCACAAAUGUACACUCCAUCAACUUGGAUCACAACCUUGUGGAUAAGAUCCCAUAUGGUAUCUUUUCCCGAGCCAGUUACCUUACCAAGCUCAACAUGUAUAAUAAUGCGCUCACCUCGCUCCCACUUGAUAUUGGGUCAUGGAGUAACAUGGUAGAACUGAACUUAGGAACAAAUCACUUGACUAAAAUCCCUGAUGACAUAUCUUGUUUACAAAAACUGGAAGUUUUAAUACUGUCUAACAAUCUUCUAAGGAAAAUUCCUUCAAGUGUUGGUAAUUUGCGGAAGUUGAGAGUUUUGGAUCUCGAAGAAAACCGUUUAGAAGGAUUACCACCUGAGAUUGGGUUUUUGAAGGACUUACAAAAACUAGUUGUUCAGUCAAAUCAGUUGUCAGCUUUGCCUCGAGCCCUUGGCCAUUUGAUAAACUUGACACACCUGAGUGUUGGUGAAAACAACUUGAGUUAUCUUCCAGAAGAAAUUGGUACUUUAGAGUCUCUGGAGACUUUAUAUAUCAACGACAAUCCACUUCUGCACAACCUGCCCUUUGAAUUGGCACUGUGCACAAAGUUGCAGAUUAUGAGCAUCGAGAAUUGUCCACUGUCACAGAUUCCUCCAGAAAUUGUCGCCGGAGGUCCAUCUCUAGUUAUUCAGUUCUUGAAGAUGCAGGGCCCAUAUCGCACAAUGUGAGGAAGGUAAUAUUGUUACAGACAUGGAAUCAAGAAGUGAGCUUUAAAUGCCUCAAGAGCAUCGGCCUUUUAUAGCUGCCCUUGGUCACUGCUUAAUAUCUAUUGACAAGAUGUUUUGGUCAGUAACCUGCCGUCUCUGUCGUUAUGACCAAAGGUUCAGUGUGAAUCAACUCUGGGUGUUACUGUACCCCACUGGUUAAUAUUUCUGGGCAGGACUCAACUUCUGCAGCUGUUGAUGUCUUAUAAAGCAGUGCUCCAUCUUUUCCUGCAGCUCCUGUACUCCCACUGCAUUUCUUACACCUACAAUUACAAGCUGCUUCUGGCAUGGCUUCAGAUGGUGCAUUAACUGAUAGUUGAUGUUACUGAGGAGAUAAGCAAGAUGCCAGCAUGCCGCCAAAGAACACAGUGCCUGCUUGACACCUAUGCAAUGUAGGUGACUAGAGAGAGACCAAAUGCUGUGUGAUAGGGAUGGCGGCUGCCCAGGUGAAAUGUGAUAUGUGCUUUUUAUGUUAGGCAUAAGUUAAUGGCCAGGCUAGACAGGACCAAAAGAUUGAAAAAUUUCAAGAUGCCUGGUUUUGUUGUGGGGAUAUGGUAUAAGAAGAUUAUGUCACUGCAGUAGCGAUCAAGGUGUAGGUUCCAACUUGCGAUGAACUUUGUGAUGCAUUCAGCAUAAUAAUGAGGUAUAGGUAGGAUGUAUCCCUACACUGACCUUACAGUCAAGCCAUAUGUAGCUCCUGGCAUCAAAGUGUGCCGUGUGCACUAGCUACAUGCUAAAUGUUGGCCAUACAGUUACCAUGCUUUGGUAAUUCUUGGCAUUAAAUGGGUCUGUCAAGUAUGGUAUGAGGCAGUAGCAAUAUGAUAGCUUUUCCUUUAAAAACUAACUGGAUGAGCUAGAGAGGAAGAAUAGCCCCUGUGCUCAGUGUCAAAUGCUGAUGGUGCAUGUAUGGCUGUGCAUGUACAGAGUGCUAUGGUAGGUAGCAUCCAUGUCUUGCUCUGGUCUCCCCCCUACACAAUGCCAUUCACUGGCCAUCAUGUGUUGGUCAUGUACAACUUCUCCCCCGUUGCACACACUGACUACCAGAUGGUUACUGGAUGAUGUUGAAGCAGUGCAGGCCAGGGAUCCUGCCACCACUCAGUGCUGCUAUUGCUGCUUAAGUGUGAGUGUCCUGGUGUAUAUAUGUAUCAUAGCUUGCAGAAAUAGGUUGCUUUUAGCCUUAGCUGUUCUUCCUUCUCAGAUUGCUGCUACUGCCUCUCAACCAUUGCUCUAGUGUGCAUGUGCGUGAAUGUCUGUAUGUAUAAUGUAGUGUGUUUUAACUGUCAAUGAAAAUAUAAAGUUGUGUAUGGAUGGGAAUAUUUUCUAGGAAGGCCUAAUUUGAUUUGCCAUGUAAAUAUUGUAUUUGCUUUAAACUAACUCGAAGUCUUGGAAUCUUGAAAUCAUUUUCUUGUGCCAAGCUAGGCAUUUGUUUGUCUAUUUAUAUAAUUUUUUAAAACAUCUUUAGUUGAAUUUGAAGCCACAAAGCAAACAAAAACUUUGGUGGCAUCAAUGGACCAGUUUGUCUCAAUCAUUAGUGAGAACUGAACAGCAUGCAUCAUGGAACUGUAUGAAGACCUCAAGGACACAGUCAUCAUCAUCAUCAUGUGUUGUUUAGUUGGACAGUCAUCAUUCCCUCACCAAUAAUGACAUAAGACAAGGAAGGUUACACAUUUAUUCUAUAUCUACUGUAACAACACUAUAUUACAGUCUCUCUUAUCCCUCAGAGGCUUAUUGGUGCUUUACAACUAAAGUCUCUUGAGGCUUAAGUUAUGCAGGUUGUAUAAAAACAAUUUGCAGUUUAAGUAUAGGGCUUUAACUCUUGGAAAAGUGGAAUGAGAUUACAGUAGGUCCUAAAAAAGUUGUUAUUAUAGCAGCAAUAAGUUUUGGAGAAAGAUAUCGGAAAACAAAAUUUCAGUGAACUACAAAGAAAUAACUACUGCAGAUGGAGUUGAGUCAAGGAAAAUAUGUUUAGACCAUUUAUUGCUGCUGUUUCUGCUAUUACUACAAUGCCAAGGCUGGAUGACAUAGUAAAGAACUGUGUAAGGCAGUUAGGGUUAGUGUACCUUUCUAUUGACUGCUGCUGCAUAUUCUUUGGAGCAGCUGUGAAUAAUGACUAGUCAAAGUGUCCCCUGUGGGAUGUCAGCAGUUGACUGUUCCCACACCAUCCGUUGCUUUGUAGCUUCACCCCACAGACAACCAUUGCUUAUACUCAAGACAUGCUGUGUAUCGGUCGCCUCAAAAUGUUACUCAUAAACAAUAAACCUGUAGGUGAA